AUGGAUCUUAUUUUAUUGUUCACUUUCUCUCUCCCUCUCUUUCCAGCUCAUGAAGCCGGAACAAAUGCAACGCUUACAAACGGAAUUUUAAAGAUCAAGAAAGGAUUCAAAAGCUGGGAACAUGAAUUCUUCAAAAACCAUCAGCGGAAACUUAUAAUGAAGGUCAUUCAAAAAGAAGAAAAACGUAGCCUUGGUAGACGACAUUCUCAGACACUCGAUAUGGAAGCCAAACGUCCGACUCUGCAUAUGUGCCUCCGCUACGCAAAACAAAUAGAAUCUUGUCUACAAGACCAUAGGUGCGCUGCGUAUAUCCAAGAACAAAGGGAACGUGAGCUGCAUAAAGGCAAGAUGCGUGCUAUAAAGUUGCAAAAUGAAAAGAUCAGCAAGGAAGUCAAAAGUCUGAAGGAUAAGACAGAUUAUAUAUAUAAAACAUUCUUUGUUUAUUAA